CUUAAACAUGUUUUGUUCCAUAUAUUUCAGAAACGCCUGAAGAACAGUCACUAUGAGGACCAAGACAAUUAUGAUCAUGGCGGUUGUGCUUGCAUUUGCCUGCUUGUGGCAAAUGGGUGACGCCCAGGAUACAACUCCACCUGCUCCUGCUUCUCAACCUGCCCCUCAAACUGCCCCUCAACCUGCUUCUCCACCUGCAAAUAAUUCAAGCGGAGAAACCGGUGGUAAUGAUGAUGCAGGUGAUGACGGAGGUGAUGACGGAGGUGAUGACGGUGGAGAUGACGGUGGCGAUGACGGAGGUGAUGACGGUGGAGUGAUGACGGUGGCGAUGGGAGUGAUGACGGUGACGAUGACGGUGACGAUGACGGUGGCGAUGACGGUGGCGAUGACGGUGGCGAUGACGGUGGCGAUGGGAGUGAUGACGGUGGCGAUGACGGAGGUGAUGAUGGCAGUGAUGACGGCGGUGAUGAUGGCAAUGAAUAGUGAUCAAAUGCAAUAGACAUGUUGCUGUAAAACUUGGCGGACUCGAGUUUCAUGUAGACUAGCUUCCCUUGAAAACAAAAUUAUCGUUCAAGGUGAUCUGAUUUAAGGAGACAUCAGUAAACACGUUAAAGCUCAAGUGAGCUCUUAUUUAUGAAACACAUAUACUUUGCACAACGGUGCCUCUUUCUACUGUUUACAAGGACGUGUUUCUGUCUGUUCAGAAUUCUAUCCUAAGUAACACACACUGUAUUCUCGUCGUUGUCGUGGAAUGACAAUAAACACCUGACCGUC